AUGCUGCGAAAAUACCUUCUUCUGCCGCUUUUGGCAUCAUAUGGUGCAGCUGUCACCAUAUCGGUGGCAAAAUCAGGCGGCAAUGUCACUACCAAUCUGCAAUAUGGCGCAAUGGAAGAGGAAAUCAACCACUGUGGUGACGGAGGUCUCUACGCUGAGUUGAUCCGCAACAGAGCCUUCCAGGGUAGCGAAAUGUAUCCCUCAUCCCUCGAUGCCUGGUCUGGGGUGGGACACUCGAGCCUGUCUCUGAAAAACCUCUCUGAUCCGCUCUCAACUGCCCUGCCGACGUCAGUCAACGUCAAGGGUAAGGGUACAGUCGGACUUGUCAAUGCGGGCUUCUGGGGAAUUGACGUUCGCCCUCAAAAGUAUACCGGAUCCUUCUACGUGAAAGGCUCUUACCAUGGCACCUUCACAGCCUCCCUUCUAUCAUCCACCGGCAAGGUCCUGGCUAGUACCAAGGUUCCUUCAAAAGGCAAUGCGCAUGAGUGGGUGCAACAUGAGUUUGUCCUGUUCCCGAAGAAGAAGGCUGCGAAUACCAAUAAUACCUUUUCAUUGACAUUCGAUGCCUCGAAAGCAUCAGAUGGCUCGCUAGACUUCAAUCUGAUUAGCUUAUUCCCGCCCACAUGGAACGAUCGCCCCAACGGCAUGCGCAAGGAUUUAAUGCAAGCCUUGGCUGAUCUGGGUCCUAAAUUCCUCCGUUUCCCUGGAGGAAGCAACCUCGAGGGUCAGACUAUUGAGGGUCGCUGGAAGUGGAACGAGACCAUUGGGCCUCUCAAAGACCGCCCUGGCCGUGCAACCGCAUGGCUAUAUGAGGAAACCUCUGGAAUUGGCUUGAUCGAGUAUAUGGAAUGGUGCGACGACCUUAACAUGGAGCCUAUUUUGGCGGUUUGGUCCGGACUUUCUUUGAGCGGAGAAGUUGUUCCUGAGGAAGAGCUUGAUUUCUAUGUUCAGGAUGCUCUGAAUGAGAUCGAGUUCUUGACUGGAUCUGUGCACACCGAGUACGGUGCACUGCGCGCCAAGCUUGGACACCCAAAGCCAUGGAAAAUCCGCUAUGUCGAGGUCGGAAACGAGGAUAACCUGAGCGAUGGUUUGGACUCGUACAAGGCAUACCGUUUCCAGGCAUUCUACGAUGCUAUCUCGGCGAAGUAUCCUGAUAUUCAGGUGCUUGCUUCUACCAUCGAUAUGACCAUCCCCGGAAAGGCCGGUGGGGAUUAUCACCUGUAUGAUGUCCCAGAUAACAUGGUCAAGCAGUUCAACAUGUUCGAUAAUUUCAGACCGGACCAGCCUAUCUUGCUUGGUGAGAUUGCUGCUACCGAGCCCAACAAUGGAGUUGGUAUCAACUGGGAUGACAAGAACUUCUCUCUGUAUCCUUGGUGGAUUGGCACCGUUUCCGAGGCUGUGUUCCUUCUGGGCGCAGAGCGCAACGCUGAUAAGAUUAUUGGAACUACCUAUGCUCCUUUCUUGAUGAACUUGGAUAGCUACCAGUGGUCCCCAACCUUGCUUUCCUUCAAUUCCAACCCUGAGGAGACGGCUCGCUCAACCUCAUGGCAUCUGUACAGCCUGUUCAACCACAACCACAUGACCAACACCCUCCCAGCCACUUCUUCUGACGAUUUCGGUCCUCUAUACUACGUGACCGGUGUUGACAAGAAGACCGAUUCGCACAUUUUCAAGGCGGCAGUAUACAACAGCACAGCUGAAGUGCCAGUCUCGCUGACCUUUGAGGGUGUCGGUCGUGGAACCAAGGCCGACUUGACCAUCUUGACGGCGGCUGAUCCAUUUGAUAUGAACGAGGUUGGUGGCGAGAACAUGGUCAAUAGCAAGACCACUAAGAUCAAGGCGGGCAAAAAGGGAGAGUUCUCUUUCAAAUUGCCUAACUUGAGUAUUGCGGUUCUUACUACAAACUGA